AUGCCAUCAGCCAAUCACCUAUCAUGGGCGAAGGUGCCAUCAGCCAAUCACCUCUCCUGGGACGAAGGUGCCAUCAGCCAAUCCCCCGCCGUGGACGAAUGCAAAUGCCCAAGAAGCAAUUGCUGCUCCAUCGUUGGCCUGGUCAACUCUAUUGACCUGAAAAAAAACUUUCACCUAGCAGGGUCAAAGAAACCAGUUGAUAUUCCAGCAGUAUUAGAAUUUGUGGCCAGUAUAAGCAGAGAAAGUAUAAGCAGAGAAAGUAUAAGCAGAGAAAGCAGAGAAAGUAUAAGCAGAGAAAGCAGAGAAAGUAUAAGCAGAGAAAGCAGAGAAAGUAUAAGCAGAGAAAGCAGAGAAAGUAUAAGCAGAGAAAGCAGAGAAAGUAUAAGCAGAGAAAGCAGAGAAAGUAUAAGCAGAGAAAGUAUAAGCAGAGAAAGCAGAGAAAGUAUAAGCAGAGAAAGCAGAGAAAGUAUAAGCAGAGAAAGCAGAGAAAGUAUAAGCAGAGAAAGCAGAGAAAGUAUAAGCAGAGAAAGCAGAGAAAGUAUAAGCAGAGAAAGCAGAGAAAGUAUAAGCAGAGAAAGCAAAGAAAGUAUAAGCAGAGAAAGCAGAGAAAGUAUAAGCAGAGGAAAGAAAAUUGUAAAUGUUAUAAAAGAUGAAUAUGAAGAGGUGCAAGUCACCACCACCAGCAUCAUCAGUGCUUCUAAUGCCACCACCAGCAUCAUCAGUGCUUCUAAUGCCACCACCAGCAUCAUCAGUGCUUCUAAUGCCACCACCAGCAUCAUCAAUACUUCUAGUACCACCACCAGUAUCAUCAAUACUUCUAAUGCCACCACCAGCAUCAUCAAUGCUUCUAAUGCCACCACCAGCAUCAUCAAUGCUUCUAGUACCACCACCAGUAUCAUCAAUACUUCUAAUGCCACCACCAGCAUCAUCAGUGCUUCUAAUGCCACCACCAGCAUCAUCAGUGCUUCUAAUGCCACCACCAGCAUCAUCAGUGCUUCUAAUGCCACCACCAGCAUCAUCAGUGCUUCUAAUGCCACCACCAGCAUCAUCAGUGCUUCUAAUGCCACCACCAGCAUCAUCAGUGCUUCUAAUGCCACCACCAGCAUCAUCAGUGCUUCUAAUGCCACCACCAGCAUCAUCAGUGCUUCUAAUGCCACCACCAGCAUCAUCAGUGCUUCUAAUGCCACCACCAGCAUCAUCAGUGCUUCUAAUGCCACCACCAGCAUCAUCAGUGCUUCUAAUGCCACCACCAGCAUCAUCAGUGCUUCUAAUGCCACCACCAGCAUCAUCAGUGCUUCUAAUGCCACCACCAGCAUCAUCAGUGCUUCUAAUGCCACCACCAGCAUCAUCAAUGCUUCUAGCACCACAACCAGUAUCAUCAAUGCUUUUAGCACCACCACCAGUAUCAUCAAUGCUUCUAGUACCAGCACCAGUAUCAUCAAUGCUUCCAGUACCACCACCAGUAUCAUCAAUGCUUCUAGUACCACCACCAGCAUCAUCAAUGCUUCUAGUGCCACCACUAGCAUCAUCAAUGCUUCCACUAGAGAAGUGUGUCAUAAACAGUGGUUCUCCAAGCUAAAGAAGUGUGUCAUAACUGUGGUUCUCCAAGCAAGAGAAGUGUGUCAUAAACAGUGGUUCUCCAAGCUAGAGAAGUGUGUCAUAACUGUGGUUCUCCAAGCUAGAGAAGUGUGUCAUAAACACUGGUUCUCCAAGCAAGAGAAGUGUCAUAAACAGUGGUUCUCCAAGCUAGAGAAGUGUGUCAUAACUGUGGUUCUCCAAGCUAGAGAAGUGUGUCAUAAACUGUGGUUCUCCAAGCAAGAGAAGUGUCAUAAUCUGUGGUUCUCCAAGCAAGAGAAGUGUCAUAAUCUGUGGUUCUCCAAGCAAGAGAAGUGUGUUAUAAACAACGACACUAACGCCAACAUCAACGACACUAACGCCAACAUCAACGACACUAACGCCAACAUCAGCGACACUAACGCCAACAUCAGCGACACUAACGCCAACAUCAACGAUACUAACGCCAACAUCAGCGACACUAACGCCAACAUCAGCGACACUAACGCCAACAUCAGCGACACUAACGCCAACAUCAGCGACACUAACGCCAACAUCAACGACACUAACGCCAACAUCAGCGACACUAACGCCAACAUCAGCGACACUAACGCCAACAUCAACGACACUAACGCCAACAUCAACGACACUAACGCCAACAUCAGCGACACUAACGCCAACAUCAGCGACACUAACGCCAACAUCAGCGACACUAACGCCAACAUCAACGACACUAACGCCAACAUCAGCGACACUAACGCCAACAUCAGCGACACUAACGCCAACAUCAGCGACACUAACGCCAACAUCAACGAUACUAACGCCAACAUCAGCGACACUAACGCCAACAUCAGCGACACUAACGCCAACAUCAACGAUACUAACGCCAACAUCAGCGACACUGACGCCAACAUCAACGACACUAACGCCAACAUCAGCGACACUGACGCCAACAUCAGCGACACUAGCGCCAACAUCAACGACACUAACGCCAACAUCAGCGACACUGACGCCAACAUCAGCGACACUAGCGCCAACAUCAACGACACUAACGCUAACAUCAGCGACACUGACGCCAACAUCAACGACACUAACGUCGGUUCCCACAACAUCAGCGACACUGACGCCAACAUCAGCGACACUAGCGCCAACAUCAACGACACUAACGCCAACAUCAGCGACACUAACGCCAACAUCAACGACACUAACGCCAACAUCAGCGACACUGACGCCAACAUCAGCGACACUAGCGCCAACAUCAACGACACUAGCGCCAACAUCAGCGACACUAGCGCCAACAUCAGCGACACUAACGCCAACAUCAACGACACUAACGCCAACAUCAGCGACACUAACGCCAACAUCAACGACACUAGCGCCAACAUCAGCGACACUAGCGGCUGCGGGAACAACUAG